CACCUGAGCCGGCACCUGUUAAACCUGUAGCCUACACUAUACAAUGUCUGGAAAGUUGUUAUUCUGGGGCUCUGGUAGUAUUCCUUGUUGGAAGCCAAUGCUUGUACUGGCAGAAAAAGGCAUUGACUAUGAAUCAAAACAAAUCAGUUUCAGUGAGAAAGGACACAAAGGACCAGAAGUAAUGGCCCUCAACCCCCGUGGACAGGUGCCAACAUUUAAGGAUGGAGAAACAGUAAUCUGUGAAUCAAAUGCUAUCUGCUUUUGGCUUGAGUCUAUGUAUUCAAAGCAGGGAACAGAACUGAUACCAUCUGAUCCAAAAGAGAAAGCUAAAGUUCUGCAAAAGGCUUUUGAAUCGGCAGAGAAUAUGCAAACAAAAGCAAUGCAAGGAGUUUUGUAUUACUAUUGGAGAACAAAAGAAGAAGACAGGAAAGAGGAAACCAUUAAAGAGAAUUUAGACAAUUGUAGAAAUGAACUAACAGUUUGGGACAAAUAUCUAGGAGAGUGUGGACAUGACUUUGUUGCUGGUAAACAAUUCACCUUAGCUGAUGUCUUCUUCUUUCCUUUCUUGGCUUGGGCUUGGAGAAUGUCGCUGGAUUUCAACAAAUUUCCAAACUUAAAGAAAUAUUUUGAAAGUGUGAGGGAGAGACCAAGUGUAAAGGCUACAUGGCCACCUCAUUGGAAUGAAGGAGAGGCACAACCAGAGAAAAUGGCAUACCUGAAGACUUUAUAGACAUUGGAUUUACAGUAGCCUGGAACUAUCAAAGUUAUGGUGCAUAAUAAAUAUAAGAUGACAAUCAAAAGUUCAUAAUAAAUUGAUAUAAAAGAUAUAUAUAUAUAGUAAAAUAGAAACAAUGUAUUUAAGUGUUGGUAUAUUUAUAAUUAUAUUUUUUGUAUGAUAAUUAUAAAAUGAUUUUGCUACAUCAAACUCAUUUAUAACAUCUUGAAAAAAUGCACCUUAUUCAUAAAAACAGUGUUUAUCCUUGUCUAUGUUAGAUAGAUUGUAAUCAUACUUCAUAUUCUUAAAAUAUACUUUGAUUGUGUAGAUUUUUUAUAAGACCCCAAAAGAAUUGAGAUUGUAUAAUGCUAUGAUGGUGUUGUCCGUGUCCUCAGAAGACACAUUGGGUUUUGAUACUAGUAGAAGAAUGCAAAUGUUGAAAUUAAAAUAACAAUACCCUUACAUGUUA